AUGGCCGACUCAGCGACCGAUGGCGUCGACAUCGCCGCACAAUACAGCCUCCUCCCCAAGCUCAUGCCCAACCUCGACCGCCAUCUCGUCUACCCGCUCCUCAACUUCUCCAGCGACGAAGAUGCCGAGCAACCGCUCGACCAGAAAAAGCUGCUUCUCGAGCUCCUCAAGUCCACCAACAUGACCGACUUUGUAGGCCAGCUGUACCAGGAAGUGCACGACCUCGACGACAUGCCCGACGAGUACAAGCAAAAGCGCGACCAGGUGCUGCAGACGCGCGAUCGGCUGGAGCAGGAGACGAGCAAGAUCUCGGGACUUUUGGACGACGAGAACGUGGUGACCAACCUGAGGAGCGACAAGGUGCAGAAUUUGGCAUACUUGAAGGAGAGCCAUGGUGUCGAGGUGGACAUGGUGAACCAGUUGUAUGAGUUUGGGCAGUUCCAGUACAGCUGCGGUGUCUACCCGCAUGCUGCUGAGUUGCUGUACCGGUUCAGGGUUCUGACUACCGACGGCGACAAGGAGCGUGAAGCCACCUGGGGCAAGCUCGCCUGCGAGAUCCUCUCCGUAAACUGGGACUCGGCCAUAGAAGAGAUCAACAAGCUCAAGGAAAUCAUCGACACACGCCUCUUCAACAACCCGCUCGCACAACUCCAGCACCGCACCUGGUUGCUUCACUGGUCGCUCUUCCCCCUCUUCAACCACGAAUCCUCCCGCGAAGCACUUACCGACAUGUUCUUCUCCCCCGCAUACAUCAACACCAUUCAGACAAACUGCCCAUGGAUCCUGCGCUACCUGGCCGCUGCCGUUAUCACCGGUCGCAACAAGGGAAGGAAUUCGAACCAGUACCAGAAGCAGCUCAAGGACCUCAUUAGGAUUGUGAGGCAGGAAGGGUACGAGUACAACGAUCCGGUAACGGACUUCAUCAAGGCGCUGUACAUUGACUUUGACUUUGAGGAGGCGCAGAAGAAGUUGAGCGAGACAGAGGAGAUUCUCAAGAACGACUUCUUCUUGCUGGGUGCGGCGGAUUCGUUUGUGGAUGCGGCGAGACAUUUGAUCUCAGAGAGCUACUGCAAGAUUCACCAGCGCAUCGACAUCAAGGACCUCUCAACGCGUCUCGGCCUCUCACAAGACGAGGGCGAGAAGUGGAUCGUCAACCUCAUCCGCGACACACGUGUCGACGCCAAGAUCGACUACCAGGCCGGCACAGUCGUCAUGAACCACCCACCACAGUCUGUCUACCAACAAGUUAUCGAGCGGACAAAGGGCGGCUUCUUUAGGACGCAGGUCCUGAGUGCUGCCGUAGCCAAAUGA